AAAAAAAAAAGGAAUUGAAAAAAGAGGGGAAAUGGAGAGGGAGGGAGCGGAUGAGCGGAAUCCUCUCGACAAAUCCCAUCGAAACGAGGGAUUAAUCCUUCCUCUACCUCAUACUAUUUCCGAUUCAAACCCUAAUCUCUUCUCCUUUAGUUUUUCAUAUUUAUAUUUUUUUUGGACGAGAAAAAGCUCCUCCUUUUGCAUGCCCAGAAUCAUCUCCGUGCUUCGAGUAAAACAGAGGUUGCAUGUUUUCUAGACUUGGUAUUAUAAAUGGCGGAGAAUUUGCAACAAGGGAGGUCGGAACUACCGUUCGAGAAACGCCACCCGGGGUGCAUGGAGAGCCUGCUACACUUCCUUGACCUGCACAACCGUCUUCGAAUAAGGAAGACGCUAGCUUACAGAAGGCACGGCGAUGGGAGUCGAACCGGAAGGAUAAAACUCCCAAGGAUGAGAAGAACCGAACCUUCGACAAGUGAGGAACAUUGCUGUCCAGAAGGAGAUGGAAAAUCCCAGAUGGAAAAUGGAGUUAAUGCUACAAGCAGAAGUCAUCGCAUGGCUUUAUUGAGAACUCUUGUAUCAAAAAGAAAAUUUAGGGACAAGGACCCGAAAGGAAAGAUCUCUCGAGCUCCGUCCCGUCUACUGCGCACAACUUCUAUUCAUCACUUAAAAUGCAACAAUUAUGUCAUUCCUGUAGAAUCAAGUUCUAACUAUGAGACCUCAACAACCGAGCUCAGUUCACAUGGAACAGCUUCUACCAGCAGCCAAUCAUGUUUGCUUGAAGCCCCUAAUAUGCCUUCUCUUGAAAAACUAUCUGAAAUGUGUGGGAGCACUAACACAAUUGAAAGAAUGGAUCACGACCAGCUUGAUGAUUUUGGGAAAAGUUCAUCGAUUCAGGAGGAGGGAGUAAUUAAAGAAAUAGGAAACACUGCUUCUCUUCAUCAUUCAAAAGAGUUCUUGGAUUUGCUUCAGCUAUUCAAUGCAAAUAGGGAUUUGUUUCUUAAAAUCCUCCAGAAUCCAUCUUCGCUACUGCCAACCGAAGAGAUAGCAUCAACCAAAUUUGAAACGUCUCACACAGAAGAAUUGUUGGGAAAAAGUAAUGCAAGCCACAGCCUUGAGCCCCACAAUGACCAAGACAAGGAGAAUGAUGAUAUUCUUGCAACAGAUAGUACAGGAACUAGCAAUACCAAAAUAACUGAUCCUCUGUAUGAAUCAAAAGGCUCAAGGGAAGGUCGAACUGUUUCAAAUCAUUUUAGAUCAAUUAAAAGGAAAAUAAAAGAUGUAAUCAAGGAGAAUAAGGAGGGGCUUAUUCGAACUUCUAUGGAUGGCAUUCUUCAUAAAAUCCCAUAUGGACAAAAGGUGACGGAUUUGCCAAAUAAGGACACAACUUUGAGAUAUAAAUAUGGGAGAGAAGGGUUUCCUUCACCAAACAGUAAAAAUAUACCAAAACGUAUAAGAAGAUCUUCUUCUCUUAAUGAAUCAUUAGAUAGGUACUCCAAUCUAUUCGAGUCUAUUUCAAGCAGGGAUUCCAAAAGGCAUUCUGAAAGACCAAAGUUCAUGGAAAACAAAUCCCCAAAAGCCUUGAAAAGAAUUUUUUCUCUUCCUGAUGUUGAGUCGUACUUCGUUAGUAGAGAUGUCCAAAAUGAAGUAUCCAAUAACAAUGUAGCAUCCGACCAAUGUAUUUCUACACAGUUCGAGUCGUUUGAUACUCUUAUAUGUACCGAUGGAAUCAUGAAUUCAGAUGGUCAGGUAGAACAAGCUGCAGAGAGUACUUUUAGCGGUAUGACUAAUGAUAGUAUGGAACAUUCAGCACUAAUUAGUGAGAAAGAUAAAGAUCUACCAAUCAAUAUUUCAGAUAAUGUGACAAUAGAAGAGAGUACUGAUGGUCCAUUACAUCUGGAUAUUAGAGACAUCCCUGCAAACUCGACGGCUAUAUCUAUUACAAGCGAAUUGUUCCAGGACGAUGGAACUUAUUCUGCAAAGCAUUCUGUUUCAGCAGGUCCGGAGCUGAAAUCUACAAAAGUUCAUCUCAACAAGCUUGAGUUAUUAACCGAGUCACAUAGACCGAGAGAAGUGAAUGAUGGAUACAGUGAGUUAAUAGAAGAAGACUUCAAUAAAGAAGAUAUUUCGGAGGAACUAGACAAUAUUAAUACUGUACACAUUCAAGUCAACGAGAAGGACGAGGCCGACUUUCAGUACGUGAAAAGUAUAUUGAAAAUAUCCGGGUUCAGCACUAGUGAGAUUCUCGGAGAUUGGUACUCCCCCGACCAGCCAGUCGACCCUCUACACUUUGAAGAAGCCGAGAACUCACCUCGAGAACAUGAUAACUAUGUCGACGAUGACGACUCCCUUCUCAAUCACAUGCUUUUAUUCGAUCUGAUAAAUGAAAUCUUAUUGGAAAUUUACGACUCUUCUUUUGUCACUUUUCCACAAUUCUCUGGCUUCUGUUCCCGUAUUCGACCUAUGCCGACGGGCUAUCAGGUUCUCAAGGAAGUAUGGGCGAACAUCAGUCGGUAUCUUAGCUCUCAGCUGCAGAUAGAUCAAGCAGUGGAGAAUGUUGUGGCCCAAGAUUUUGUGAGGAAUGAUGGGUGGAUGAACCUUCGAUUCGAUUCCGAGUAUGUGGGUUUGGAAUUGGAGGAUCUUAUACUAGAUGAUCUUAUAGACAAUGUUGUUUUUGAUUUAGAUGACAUAUCACUUGCCAAGUGUUGUAUAUAAACAUGUAGUAUUUUUUGUUCUUUCCUCUGUAACUUUAUCAUUCCCUUCUUGUUAUUUACAUGUGUAAUGAUGAAUAGUAACAUACUUGUAUGGUUAGUAGAAAGGAUAAUGAAUUACAUGAAAGUAACUUCAAAAAUAAA